UCGCAGCUGGCCUGUACCUUUGAUCUCUCUCGCGCUCUUGGCGGUUCGCCACGGACAAACUGGACUCCCGUCCGAUGUUCUUUUCUGACGUUCCCAGGCGAGCUGUGAAAGUCGUUCGUUGCGCGUUCGCAACUCACAGAAUCCAGCCAAAAAGUACACCUGAUCGUCGCAUAACAACUGAAUAAAAAUGCGCUUGACCGUGCGAUUAUCUCUUGGAAUCUGUGAUCGAAAACACAUCCAAACUCACUGUCGACUUACGCUUAGCAAGCGUACGUUCGUCAACUGCCAUGGGAUUUUCAAAGGAAACAGUCGAGGCAAAGUUUUCGUGCACCUGGCGAGGACCUAAGCGGUUCUCGUAAUUCAAUCUGACGUAGCGUUCGCCUUGCGAGUCUUUUCAUGGUCGCUCCCUUUGUGCGGCCCUCUACUUGGUUUUCUCGGCGGCACGCACACACACGAGAAUACACAGCAGGUGUGCUGGUACCCUUGUGCGAGCUCGCUAGAUCAAGAUAAGCAACUCUCCGGUGCAGUUGCAAGUGUUGUGCAAGGAACGCGCGAUCGCUUUGAAAUGUGUGUUGUGCGCAAUAAAAUGUUGUGACAGUUGCGAUCAGCGCAACGAACAAAAAUUCGUAUCGAAACGUCAUACCGCAGCGAUGAGUGCUCUCUUGGAUUCUGCGAUUGUCAAGCAACGAUUGAAUCUUGGCAAACGAUGCACGAGAAGUCUUUUUCUCGCGGAAUGUUUGCCAGCACUAGGUGAUUUCGAUAAAAUGUAUCUGCUCUGAGAAAAGGAAAAUCAGAUUCGGAGGAGGAACGGGUUAAUUAACAGAGGUUAUAUAGUUUCAACAGUGGGUGGCUCCGAGCUGUGCACCCCCAUGAAGCAUAUGUCAGUGCUGUCGGAUCGGAGUGUUCGUGGAGCAACAAUGUCGGACUUACCUCGGGUAGUGGGUUCAGCCGAGUGAACAGACGAGAGCGCAUCGAUCGCAAGCGCAGAGGGAGAGAAAAAGAGCGAUGGUUGAGAGAGAGAGAGAGGGGAGCCAUAGUCGUGUGGAAGAGGCGCACAGCAAGAGCACACACCGCUCAUUCAGACUAUAGCGAGCGCGCCAAGCGCACGUACAAAGCUGCUCGCACGCCACGCCGUCCGCCUUUUUCAUUUGUCCACUGCCGCCGGUUAGAAUGUACGCGCUCUGCGCCGGACCGUAGGAGUGCGUGUGUUCGUUUGAUCCAGCGAUCGUGCAGUCGUUGCUGCUAUUGCUGCUGCUGCUGUUUAUUGACCACAAGCGUCCAGACGAAUCAGAGAAUGUCCAAGUCCGGCAGCACGAAAGGCAGCAUAAAGGAUGGCGAAGCGCCAGACGCAUUCGACCAGGUGGGCACAGGCGACGAGAUUAAACUGGAGGCGAAAAUGACCCUGUUGAAUGGGGUCACCGUGAUCGUCGGCUCGAUCAUUGGUUCCGGCAUCUUCGUCAGCCCUACUGGUGUGCUCAAGUACACUGGAAGCGUCAACAUGAGUUUGAUCGUAUGGACCAUCUCCGGAAUUUUUUCCAUGGUGGGCGCCUACUGCUACGCCGAGUUGGGCUGCAUGAUUCGGAAAUCCGGGGCAGACUACGCCUACAUCAUGGAAACCUUUGGCCCGUUCCUCGCGUUCGUUCGGCUCUGGAUAGAAUGCAUGAUCGUACGACCGUGCAGUCAAGCUAUUGUAGCGCUCACAUUCAGCAAAUACGUGCUCAAGCCAUUCUUCGAAGGAUCCUGCACACCACCUGACGAUGCUGCUAGGAUGCUUGCUGUUUGCUGCAUUUGUAUCCUGGCUUUCGUCAACUGCUGGGAUGUGAAGUGGGCAACGAGAGUACAGGACGUGUUCACCUAUGCCAAGCUACUCGCUCUGUUCAUAAUCAUCGGCACAGGAAUCUACCAGCUGGCUAUGGGGCAGAUGCAAUUUUUCACGUUUGAUCAUUAUGAGGCCCCGGCAAAAACUGCACCGGAAGUCACGGACAUAGCGUUGAGUUUUUAUUCGGGACUGUUUGCCUACAACGGCUGGAAUUACUUGAACUUCAUCGUCGAAGAACUGAAGGAUCCAGUGAAAAACCUGCCGAGAGCCAUUUACAUCUCAUGCACAUUGGUCACCAUUGUCUACGUUUUCACCAACGUUGCUUUCUACACGACGUUGAGCCCCCAGGAAGUUUUAAGCAGCGAAGCCGUCGCAGUUACCUUCGCCAAUCGGCUAUUCGGUCCGCUGGCCUGGACGAUACCAGUAUUCGUGGCCUUGUCAACGUUCGGAGCCGUAAACGGUAUCCUGCUAACUUCUUCAAGAUUGUUCUACGCUGGCGCCUGCCAGGGACAGAUGCCUGAGAUCCUCACGAUGAUACAGACCUCGAGAAUGACACCCACACCGGCUGUGAUCUGCAUGGCUCUUCUAUCGAUGAUGUAUCUGUGUUCUUCGGACAUUGUGGCUCUUAUUAACUACGUUGGAUUUGCUUGCUGGUUGAGCAUUGGUGCCUCGGUACUUUGUGUGCCAUGGCUGAGAUGGGUACAGCCGAAUUUACCAAGGCCCAUCAAGGUUAAUCUUGCCUUCCCCAUUGUCUACAUCCUCUGUACGCUGUUCGUCACUGUUGUACCUAUGUACGCCAGUCCGGUAGAGACAGGCUAUGGAUGUCUGAUGAUUCUGUCUUCGGUACCUGUCUAUUUUGCCUUCAUCGCUUGGAAAAACAAACCAAAAUUCUUCCAGAAAGGUGUCGGCGGUGUUACUAUAUUUUUGCAGAAGAUGAUGGUUGUCGUUGGGCCGAAAAAUCAGUAAACUUUACCAAAUUUUUGCAAAAGAUCAUUUUGGUCGUGGGCAAGCCAAAGCCUGCACAGCUUUAAACAUCGGCCUAAGAUAUUAUCGGCGUAUGGCAACGUCAUAAUCAACAUUUUGUUGCCAAUGUUUUAUGUGAAAGAAUAUAAAUACUCGCCGGAACCUAUAGCAAGUGAAUUGAAUGCAUUGGAAAUCAACAGCACAUUACAAAUGGACGACUCAUAAUAACAAGGAAACAAAUAGAAACAAUAGAUUAUUUUUUAAAUCAAGUUUGACGGCUUUGUCGAGCAAACGAACUUCUACGUAUAUCUCAUUAAUAAUUGUAAGGGUAUUCGUUUAUUCAUCCGGUCUUAGCAUUCAAACAUUUUAUUUUAUUAUGAUAUUACAUCGAAUGAUGAAAUAUUUUUGCGAGGAAUUGAAAGUUGCAACAAUCAUUCACUGAAAUCAGCAAUGUUAUGCUAAGACUGGAUUUUGUUGAUCGAUAAAUCCAAGUAAUAAGAAAUGAUUGCGCUACGAGAUACAUAUUUGUCGUGGAAAAUGACGUUGUUGACCUUGCGUCAAAGUCAUUAAUUUUUGAAAAUGUUAUCGGUCUAAUAUCCUAGAAGUAGAAUUGUUUUCUACUACAAGUAUGUGAAAGUGGCGUAAUUCAUAUUUUUGGUGUUCCAAUUGAUCGUUCAAUGAUGUUGUUCUCUAUGUGAUUUUACGUCACUGAACCGAAGAAUAUAAAUAUACGAACCUACUAGUAACGAAUAGAAGGAACUGAAAGACCGCGCUAGAUCGUAAUUUUUAACAUACAAUCAUACAAUUAAGUUUUGCAUUUAGUUAUUGCAAAGUCAAGAGGUUUGCUAUUAUUUGCUAAUAGCUACAUUUCAAUUAUACAUAAUUCACUAUUCUACGCGUGUUAAGUAUUUAUUAUAACGGUUAUAUUGAAACAUCUAAAAAAUCUUGGAUACUCUGUUAACUUUAUGAAUUAAAUCAUUGUGGGCAAAUACAUUCAGUAAUUUAUGUAACUACACAACUAAGUUUAUUAAAGUACUUUAUCGACUACAGCAUUCGGGAAAAAUACGCGAUAACGUGCUUUUUUAAGGUAAAUGGUUGCUAGAUUUAACAAAACUCUUGACUACUGCCAUAUUCUCUAAUCGUAAAAUAAAAGAUGUUAAUAUUCAUUAUAAUUCAGGAGGCUGAAAUCUAAUUGCAUUUAGUUUUACUUAGAUUUGUUUUAUAAUACACAAGUAUAUUUUUGAAACGCUGGAUUGGCGCAUAAUUAUAUUACAAUGAUAUUGUUGCUAUCAAACAAAAAUAGGAAAUAUUUUGAACGAGAGUCAGCUUGUGUAUAUAUUUUAGGUAUUUUGGAGACAGAUAAGGUAAUGACAUUUGAAGACAGAUAAGGACGUGUAUUGAUAUGUAUUUCGUUGCAACGAUCUAUCUUAAUCGAUUGCUUAUGCUGUAAAUGUUUCAACAUACUUGUUUUUCUUGUAAUAUCUUUUUGAUUACUGAACUGUUAAUCACGAUUAUUUCAAUCUGUAUUUCUCAUUAUUUCUAAAAACAAGCGUUAUGCUUUGUUUUCAGUUAUAGAAAAUCCUGUUUGAUGAAAUUUAUACUCUGAAUGACUAUUAUGACGCAAAUUUCACAAUAAUUAAGUAUUACUAUAUAUUUCCGUUAAAAUCAUUAGUUAAAUAUUGAACAAUUUUUCAUUUAAUUUUAUAAUUUGAGCUAUAAUUUAUUUCAAUUUAUAUAUAUGAUACUGUAAACCGCACAAUGUGUUAUUCUUGGAAUUUCUGCGUGAAGUUUUUGUUACGCAUAAUAUUUUGUUAGUUCUUAAUAUGAAGUCACGUAAACUUUUGUUUUCACCGCAUCUGUAUACAGUUAACAUGUAGCCAGCAGUAAAUUGCAGAAUGAUAAAAAUUGUGACAUUCUUCACUAUCGAAACCCGUCUAUAUACAUUGCAAAUAUAAUCGUAACUCGGAAAGUAUCGGUGUAGAUAUGGACAAUAGAUCAAGAACAUCGUUUGGAGGAACAUAUCUCACGGUGCUAGCGAAUUUCUAUCGGACCAAACACUACGCUAAACACACUCAAAUGUCUGUAGAACAAAGCUUUUGUGCUGUAAAAUCCUUAUAUGCAUUAAAGGAAAAUGCUAGAUGGCGCAUAAAAGCAAUAGACUGAACAGUUAAAAUUUCCGCUGUAUUUAUUUGCCAAUAAUUUUGGAGGCAAUAAUUGUCUGAAUGUAUUAUGGACAAAGCUUGCAGUUAAAAUAUUUUACGAUUUUACGAAUAAAUAAAACAAAAUGGAAGGUUUCAUUUUCAAUGAACAGUUGAACACGAAGCAAGCCAUUUUUGAAACUCAAAGACAAUAAGGCUUUGACUGAUUUUUCAUAUAUAACUGUAAAUGGUGUGCUCAAUUGAUGAUUGCUAAGAAUUGUAACCAAUUUUUACGUUUCCGUUAGUAUGAAUUUAGGCGAAUCACAUUUUACUCGAUUUCUGUGUCAAAUCUUUUUUUCAUUGUAAAAUUAUAUAUUUGCUCCCGAAUAUGUUAGGUGUGAAAGCAUCUAGAGAAUUGCUUUUAUAUAGAGUAAGAGAGCGACACAAAGCACAUGUUUAUCAUAUCAAAAUUUCAAGAACUUAUCAAAGAAACUGCUAUAAAAUUAAAUAAACGUCGUUAAAAAUUUAAAAAUUUGAAAUCGUAUCACUUUGUGUGCAUAAUGUGUCGGAUAAUAAAUUUUUCAUAUUUAAGUUACAAUUCGUUCUAAUGGUGAAAAUAUUAAAAUGCUACUCGAUUGAAAUUAUUUCAUCUGAUAGAUUAAUUCUGAGAAUACAAAUAAAUUGCUGUACAUACAUAAAAAUUGUCAAAGAAAUCUGUAAUACGUGCAUAAAUCAUGACUACAGAAAUAUCUAAUCAAGUAUGCACAAUUUAAAAAAAAUAGAUUGUGCGUGUACAAGAUUUUGAGAUUAACUCACGGAGAUUACUGUAGUUUAGAAGCUGAGAACUUGAAAGAAAAAUUGAAUAAAUGACCUGUGACAAUAUGUACAUAAUUGUAAACAUCUAGCAAAUUUAUUGUUCUUCCAGUAAUGGAUACCAAUUUUUACGUUCAGUACUUCAUGAGAGAAUGAAAUGUAUUUUUGACAGUAUCGUUCAAUAACAAGCUGAAGUAUAAUAAUGUGAUAGAAAAAAAAUGUACGCAAAAAACCUCAAGAAAUAUAUAGCAUUUGCUUAUCAACGAAUUGAAUUUCGAGUUCCUUGUUGAUGAAAUAAAUAGAAAAGCAUAUUUUGAAUGUUAUAUGUGUAUGUGUUUAUAU